AGAAAACAAAAACCUCGUCCUCCUCCCAAAGCCCCUCUGUGAAACUGAAAAAGUAUACCCCCAAUUUGGUCUUACCAAAACCCAAAAACUCCAACUUUUUUUACCCAAAAGGCCAAAAACUCAAUGUACUUACCCAACCCCCAAAAGAUUUGUCAAUGCAGAUUUGCAGAAACGAUUUGGUCCUCUCUCACAAAACCAAAUCAAAUCCAAAUCCUCUGAAACCAACCCAACUCAGUUUUAAGAAGCCUGAAAAAGGAAAAAAACCAAAGGCAAAACCAAAAAAUUCUGAUGUGAAGAAAAGAGUCUCCAAUUUGUUUACAAACCAACUAUUCUUAUGAAGCCUUUUUGUUUGACAGCUCAUUCAUUUCACUGCUGAGUUCUCUCAUUCUCACCCAGCUGCUUAACUAUUUGUGAAUUGUGAUUUUUCCCUCCACGAUUCCACUUCUUUCCCCCCCUCAAAUGCAGAAAAUCCAAAAGACUAUUAACCAAAUACACCAUUUUUUUCUCUCUCACACAGUCACACAGUCACACGAGAAGUAGCCGGUACUCUCUCUCUCUCUCUCACAACUAUAUAGAGGCAAAAAUACACACAGAUACAUCACGCAAUCCUCCUUCCUUUUCAACGCUUUUCUCCACCAGAUCUCUCUCGGACUUAUUCCUUGGAGAUGCGUGCUCAGUGAGGACAUUUUCCCCACCCCAAACCCAAAAUCAAAAACCCCUUCUUUCCUCCAUUCUUACCUCUUCUUCUGGGUCUUUCUGUUUCUCAUUUCUUACUAAAAAUCUCUCCACAAUUAAAAAAAAAAGAACCGUUUUUUUUUUUUUUCAUUUUACAUAGGCCACCGCACAUAUACACAUGUAUGACGCCAGUGGUGAAAAGCCCAUUUCUUAUUUUCGAUUCCUUUUGUUGUUAUCUCCCCGUUUCAGUUCGAUUCUGAUUGCAAACGCCUUUUGGGUUUCUCUCUGUUGUCCCUUUCCUGGCUAAUAAACAGAGCUUUCCGCAGACUAAAGAAAAGGGUUUGUAGAAAUAAUGGAGGGUACUAAUACGACCAUCGGAAUCGCUGCCGCCGACCAUAGUACUAAUGGGGUUAAGAUGUUGUUUUUGGAUGAUGAAGUGAGGGACAUUUGUGGGUUGAAGAAGGUUUGCAGCGGCGGCGAUGAUUACGUAGAGGUGAUGUGCGGCUGCACUAGCCAUCGCUAUGGUGAUGCUGUAGGCCGGCUUAGGGUUUUCUCUAAUGGUUUUCUUGAAAUCACCUGUGAAUGCACCCCUGGUUGUCAAGAAGACAAGCUGACUCCAGCUGCGUUUGAGAAGCAUUCUGGAAGAGAAACUUCCAGAAAAUGGAAGAACAAUAUUUGGGUUAUAAUGAAUGGGGAGAAAGUUCCUUUGUACAAGACUGCACUUCUCAAGUAUUAUAAUCAACAAUCAAAAAGUGCUAAUGGUUCAAACCGAUCCAACAAUGGUAAAGUCUGUCAUCGUGAUGAGUUUGUUAGGUGCACACAGUGUAACAAAGAGCGCAGAUUCCGACUCCGCAACAAAGAGGAAUGCCGGAGUUACCAUGAUGCAUUGGCUGAUUCAGAUUGGACCUGCUCCGACAUGCCUUAUGAUGAGGUGACAUGCGAUGAUGAUGAAGAAAGAGCAAGUCGGCGGGUCUAUAGGGGUUGUUCUCGAUCUCCAACAUGCAAAGGAUGCACGUCUUGCGUGUGUUUUGGAUGUGAAACCUGCAGGUUUUCAGAUUGCAGCUGCCAGACUUGCUCAGAUUUCACUAAGAAUGCCAAAUCCUCUUCCUAAGGCAGCAAUCUCACCGAAACAUCCAUUCUCAAAUGCUUACACCUCUUAUUAAUUUGAAUCCAUGAUUUCUUUAUUUUAAGCCUUAGGUCAUAUUGAAGGAAAUAUUUCCCGGCACUCGCUUUGGUAGAUUAUAAACUUUAAAGGGUCAUCUCUUCCCAGAGAUUUGUGCACCUGUGACUAAUUAAGAGAUUAAAAACAUAGCAUGAUUCAAUUGCCUAUUACGGUUAUAUGCUUAUGAGAAAAUUGAUUCUUUACCUUUUGUCCAACAACACCUACUUAUUGUUGCCCACAUUAUCUUUACUUUGGAAUUGUGGAACUUUUCAAA